AUGGCCUUCACAAUGCACUCCCACUCGGGCCAGUUCUGCCCCGGCCACGCCAAAGACCAACUCGAAGAGGUCAUCCUGCAUGCCAUCAAGGUCGGGUACAAGACCAUCGGCCUGAGCGAGCACAUGCCGCGCACCGAGUUGGGGGACCUCUACCCCGAGGAACUCACCCCCUCCCCCACAGAAUCCCUCGCCGCCCUCUUACCCCGCCACACCGCCUACCUAACCGAAGCCCGCCGACUCCAAACGCACUACGCCUCCCAAAUCCACAUCCUCAUCGGUUUCGAAGGCGAAUGGAUCCGCUCCGCCUACGGCGCCAUCAUCCACUCCCUCGCCGCCGACCCGAGCAUCGACUAUUUCAUCGGCUCGCUGCAUCACACCCGCGGGGUACCGAUCGAUUUUGAUCGGGCGUAUUACGCUCGAGCUGUGGAGGCCUGUGGGGGGGAGGAAGAGAAGGUGUAUGAGGCGUAUUUUGAUGAGCAGUGGGAGAUGUUACAGGCGCUGAGGCCGAGGGUGGUGGGACAUUUUGAUUUGGUCAGGUUGAUGAGUUCUGAUCCGGGACGGGAGAUCAGGGUUGCUUCCGCCUCGGGGGCAGAGACUACUGCGUCUGGGUGGGGGAGUGGUGUGUGGGAGAGGGUGGUGCGGAAUCUGGAGUUUGUGAAGGGGUAUGGGGGGUGGUUGGAGUGUAAUACGAGCGGGUUGAGGAAGGGCAUGGCGGAGCCGUAUCCGAAGAGGGAGAUUGCGGAGGAGUGGGUAAGGAUUGGGGGGAGGUGGACGUUUGGGGAUGAUAGUCAUGGGAUUGCGCAGGUUGGGACGAAUUAUUGGAAGGGGUUGGAGUAUUUGGAGGGGUUGGGGGUGAAGGAGUUGUGGACGUUGGAGAGGAGGCCUGGGGGGGAGGAUGGGGUGAAGGCGGAGGUUGUUGAGAAGAGCGUGUCGAUUGAGGAGUUUCGGGCGAGUUUGAAGUUGGAGUAA